AUGCUACCUUUACUGGAUUAUGUGAAAGAAGGGACGAAAAAAGCUGGGGGGGGGGGAGGCGGCGGCUGGGAGGAGGCUGGGAGGAGGCUGGGAGGAGGCUGGGAGGAGGCUGGGAGGAGGCUGGGAGGAGGCUGGGAGGAGGCUGGGAGGAGGCUGGGAGGAGGCUGGGAGGAGGCUGGGAGGAGGCUGGGAGGAGGCUGGGAGGAGGCUGGGAGGAGGCUGGGAGGAGGCUGGGAGGAGGCUGGGAGGAGGCUGGGAGGAGGCUGGGAGGAGGCUGGGAGGAGGCUGGGAGGAGGCUGGGAGGAGGCUGGGAGGAGGCUGGGAGGAGGCUGGGAGGAGGCUGGGAGGAGGCUGGGAGGAGGCUGGGAGGAGGCUGGGAGGAGGCUGGGAGGAGGCUGGGAGGAGGCUGGGAGGAGGCUGGGAGGAGGCUGGGAGGAGGCUGGGAGGAGGCUGGGAGGAGGCUGGGAGGAGGCUGGGAGGAGGCUGGGAGGAGGCUGGGAGGAGGCUGGGAGGAGGCUGGGAGGAGGCUGGGAGGAGGCUGGGAGGAGGCUGGGAGGAGGCUGGGAGGAGGCUGGGAGGAGGCUGGGAGGAGGCUGGGAGGAGGCUGGGAGGAGGCUGGGAGGAGGCUGGGAGGAGGCUGGGAGGAGGCUGGGAGGAGGCUGGGAGGAGGCUGGGAGGAGGCUGGGAGGAGGCUGGGAGGAGGCUGGGAGGAGGCUGGGAGGAGGCUGGGAGGAGGCUGGGAGGAGGCUGGGAGGAGGCGGCGGCUGGGAGGAGGCUGGGAGGAGGCGGCGGCUGGGAGGAGGCUGGGAGGAGGCGGCGGCUGGGAGGAGGCUGGGAGGAGGCGGCGGCUGGGAGGAGGCUGGGAGGAGGCGGCGGCUGGGAGGAGGCUGGGAGGAGGCGGCGGCUGGGAGGAGGCUGGGAGGAGGCGGCGGCUGGGAGGAGGCUGGGAGGAGGCGGCGGCUGGGAGGAGGCUGGGAGGAGGCGGCGGCUGGGAGGAGGCUGGGAGGAGGCGGCGGCUGGGAGGAGGCUGGGAGGAGGCGGCGGCGGCUGGGAGGAGGCUGGGAGGAGGCGGCGGCUGGGAGGAGGCUGGGAGGAGGCGGCGGCUGGGAGGAGGCUGGGAGGAGGCGGCGGCUGGGAGGAGGCUGGGAGGAGGCGGCGGCUGGGAGGAGGCUGGGAGGAGGCGGCGGCUGGGAGGAGGCACGGUAG